GAAAAAUUUGUUUAGCUGCGUUGCCUUUUUAAAAUAAACAAAUUCGAACAUUAGUGAAAUAAAAUGGCAGCUGUACGCGAUGCCAAUGCUCCCGGCUACAAUAUUGCACGGGAUCCGGCCUUGGUAAAGAAUCGCAUAUUUAUUGGAAACCUGCCCAUUUGUACAAAAGAGGAGCUUGAGAGCAUUUGUCAUCCAUACGGAAAAGUUUUGGGCUCGUUGGUGCAGAAGAAUUUUGGUUUUGUUCAAUUUGAAAGCGAGGAAAUCGCUAACAAAUGUGCGAAUGCGUUAAAUAAAUCCACGUUUAAGUCAAAGGCGCUAACCGUACGGAAUGCCAGCAUAAAGCUAAAGCCGCUGAAUGCAAUCAUCAAGAAGAUCAACCCAAACGCACACAACCCAGCAGGUGUGCCGAUGGCAGUUCAAGGCGGCAUUGUUAUGUCCGCUGCCGCCGCUGCUACCGUCGUGCCCAUUAACGAUUGCGAGAUAAUCGUGGUCAAUCGCGAGAAUACAAAGUACGCAGAGUUCAUUGAAGAUCGACUGAGGAACAGUGGCAUGCGUGUAGAUGUGCUCUUUCCCAACGAGGAUGUUAUGCUGAGCCAAGUGCUUAGUAAUAUAUCAGCGCGAGGCUGUCUCUACGCCGUUCUGGUAACGCCGCAGCACGAAGCUCUAAAUAGCAUUACGGUCAACAUAUUAUAUGGGGUGCCGGCCGAGCAUCGCAAUAUGCCUCUGGAUGAUGCUAUAACACUAAUUGCCACCGACUUUCGAUUGAAGAAGCAGCGUGACGCAGUUACCGCAUCCCAGCUGCACGCCAAGCAGAGCAGACAUCCGGAAGCAAUGCAGCAAUUGAUCGAAAUGCUGGCCGACAAUCAUCCACUGACAGGUUUGCAGUAUGAAUGCAUAAUUAAUUAUCUGCAGGAGCAGCGGGAACAACAGCUCAAGCGGGAGUUGGGUGAAGCCAAUGCUUUGGCCAAACUGCAUACUCCCGAUCCAGAAAUGGAGCUGCAAAAGAAGAUUCUUAGUGUUAUGAACAAGCCCGCGGUGACGGAGAUCAACAGCGAGCUUAUGUAUCCCACAUUUGAUUUAGCCAAAAAGGAUAAACGACUUAUGGAGCUGCUGCAAGAUCCAAGGGUUAUGAGUGCGCUCGAGAGUAUUUACAACUCGGACCUCACAGAAACAGUCACGCAAUAUUUAUAGAUCGGAACACUUUAUUA